AUGCGUUAUACCGCUCUCGCUUCACUCAUGGCUUUCGCUAAGGUCGUUUCGGCCUGUGGCCUUGCCCUUCCCCCUUCAGUUCAGCUCAAGGCCCGUGGAGAAUAUGAAAUAUUGGACAGCUUCGACAAGCGUGAUACGAGUGAUGGGCUUUUGCACCCAGUCACCCACGAUAGCAAAGUCCACUGGACCGUAGACCAGAACACCCGGCAGAUGCAAGUCUCAGAUGAUGCCUUUAUUGCUCGAGACUUUGCCCGCUUCAACCAUCAUCCCAAUUCGACCAUGUACUACACCGGUGGAGUUGUGAUGAACCUAACUCAACACAUCGAGGAUCUUCGUCUGACCUUCUCCACGUACUCUCACGCGGCUCCACACAACCACAACUAUAGAGUCAUCUUCGGCGAAGGAGACUGGACUGUGGCACUAGCCCAUGCCGGUGGCCCCAACGAUGGUCCUCUUCCCGACCUGUCUGGCAAAUUCUUACCACCGACCAUGCGGACCGUCAGCUUUGACCUCAUGACGAUUGCCCGUUGGGAUGGGGGAUGGAUGAUGGAGGAGUACUUGUGGUCAGACACUCCUAUUAUGUACCGCCAACUCGGUGUCCUGCCAAUUCCGCCGGCCGACGAUCUGCCGGAUAUCGAGCUCAACUCCUACACUUCCCCGCUUUCUACUCAGCCAGAUGUCGACAACGCCGAAUCCAACAAGGCCAAGACGACUGAGUCGGAUGAUGCUCUCAACGCGGGCAAGUUUGAUGCCAAGUCUCUUCAUCUGUCCGAUGACGUCAAGGUUUAUGGACUCACCGAUCAGCCUCUUGAUCUGUACGGCUUCCUCACAGAGCUGAAGGAUCUUAAGAAGGCUUUCCCAGACCUUCGCCUGGAGAAUAAGCCCUAUAGACAGAUUAUCGCGCAGGGCGACUGGACUGCUACCGUCGCUAUGCUAAGCGGCUCCUUCAAGGGACCCCUAAAGCUGCCCUCGUACUUGGGUUCGUCGCCUGCCGAGCCGAAUGGCAAAAAGUUCAAUCUGCUCCACUACACUAUCUGCCGAUGGCAGAAUGGACAGAUUGUGGAAAUGCGCAUUAACGCUGACAUCUUUGGCAUUGUCGGCGCUCUUGGAAUCCCGCUUUAG